UUUACAGUUUAUUCACAAUCUAUCCUUCAAAAUUUCAACACAAUUUACAAUUAAAACUAUUUAUAUAUUUAUUUUGUUUGUGGCUUCCAAACUAAGCAUAAGGUUGUUGCCUUGUUGGCAUCACUGUUUCAACGAACGAACGAUAACCAACCACACCAUUUGGUGUUUUUGAAGGUGUAGCAGUUGUUGUGUUGCAGAUAGAUUCCAAUGGCAGCAGUGACAGUGGCAGUGGGAGGAGACAUAUGGAAGGCCCAUGUAGCCAUGGCGUUUGUUCAGCUAUUCAAUGGAGGUUACCAUGUCAUCACCAAAGUGGCCCUUAAUGUUGGCAUCAACCAGUUAGUUUUCUGUGUCUUCCGUGAUCUCCUUGCCCUUUCCAUCCUCGCACCCCUCGCUUAUGUCCGUGAAAAACGGAUUCGACCACCCACUACUAAGAACCUCCUGAUUUCAUUCUUCUUUCUUGGAUUAACUGGGAUAUUUGGCAACCAGCUUUUGUUUCUUAUUGGUUUAAGCUAUACUAAUCCAACUUAUGCGGCUGCCAUACAGCCAUCCAUUCCAGUCUUUACCUUUCUGUUGGCUGUAAUGAUGGGUACAGAAAGAGUGAACUUACUCAGAUAUGAUGGUCUGGCAAAAGUUGGAGGAACUAUUAUCUGUGUCUCUGGUGCCAUAUUUAUGGUUUUGUAUCGUGGUCCAGCUUUGAUAGGAUAUGCCGAACUCGGUCAUGUAACACAAAAUGAAAUAAGUGCCAGAGGUCAGCCAGAGCCAUCUGGAUGGUUAAUUGGUGGCUUACAGAACCUUGGGUUUGACAAUUUUCAUCUUGGAGUUUUGUGCUUGAUAGGGAACUGCAUUUGCAUGGCUGCAUUUCUAGCCAUUCAGGCAUCGGUAUUAAAAAAAUAUCCUGCAAACCUAUCUGUCACAGCGUGUUCAUACUUCUUUGGAGCUUUACUGAUGGUGACAGUAUCAUUAUUCAUGACUACUGAGUCAACUGACUGGAGUUUGACGUCAUCAGAAAUACUUGCUGUUAUUUAUGCUGGAAGUAUUGCAUCUGCCCUUAACUAUGGACUCAUUACAUGGUGCAACAAGAUCAUAGGGCCAGCCAUGGUUGCCCUUUACAAUCCGCUUCAACCUGCGUUUUCUGCCAUCCUGUCCCAAAUUUUCCUUGGAAGUCCAAUUUACUUGGGAAGCAUCAUAGGAGGAUCUUUUAUCAUUGCCGGUCUAUAUAUGGUUACUUGGGCAUCUUCUAGAGAAAGACAGGCAACUGUUGGAGUUACUCCUCAUAGCUCUUGGGUCUCUGAACCACUUAUUCAUGAAAGAAGUGCACACCAGAGAGGUCUUGUUUUUUCGGUGUCCGCUAGCGUAUCCCCAAAAUCAUCAUCAGAUUAAGGAAAUGAGUUAUUAGAUGCCAUUCAAUUGUAAAAAUUGGUCUCAUGAUUCUCAAAUCUGUUUCUUCUAUACUUUCAAUAGGUAAAUCUGUAUUUGUGUUUGAUCAUGUCAAUGUAUUUCGGGACAAACUCUGAAUGUUGUCAUGUUAUAUCUGAAUUUUUAAAUACAUUGUGUUGUAUCUGAAUUUGGAGAGCAAUUUUGUAAUGUGAGUCUAUAUAUUUUAUGUUCCUUCUCUUCC